AAUUUUGUGCGCUGCUGCUGGCUACCCUGAGCUCUUCUUUUUUUAAAAAAAGAAAACAUUACGGGAUUGACUUUGAGAAAGUGAAAGAAAUAAACAAACGCUGGAGUCUUCCUCACUGUAGAUCUGGGUCCUUGAGGGUGGGUGGAAUUGUUUAAAUGUCCCCAAUCUUUUCCACAGCUCGGUAGGAUCUUAAAGUUAAAGCAAAGGUCCGAAACAGCGUUGUCCAGGAGAGCAGGGAAAAUAUAAUACUCUAUGCUGUUUCCUCUCCCUGCUGAGAUUUAAAAAAUGAGAAACAGCAAAACCUGACGUUGUGCAAACAAACGGGUAUCUUUGUUUUUUCAGGAGGGCAUUCUUGAUAGCGAAGGUAGUCCAAACCCCUCCAGUCGUCUUGGCUUAUCAACCAAGGGAGAUGCAUUCCAGAGAGCUGCUCCCUUUUUAUGUCACAGCUGGCUGAAUGCCUGCGCUUGCAAUUUCGCAGCUUGCAAAAGAACAGCCCCUUUGCCCGCUGCCGCAGCUGCUGGAAUGAGAGAAUUCCUUCUCCCCUGAGCAAGAAAACUCCUGCCUCCAUUCCUUUGGGACUAGGGUGAGAAAACAAAACAUGUGAGUCUCUCUCUCUCCCCUUGUUCUUCCUGGGAGCCCAAAGAUGACAGGCUGGGCUUGCGAAGCCCACCCUGCACUCUGCUGCUACACCCUCUGGGGACUUUGGAAUAUCCUCCUCCUGGAAGCAUGAUUCUUUUGGCCACCAGCGUUCCCACAUGUCUCUGAAGGGCUUCAACUCAUGGGCCUGCGCUUCCAUCGGCCAGAUGUUUAGCUCCUCCAAGAUGUUCAGCUGGCACCAGUCGUUCUCCAUCAGCGCUCCGUGGAAGAAAGGUAAGCGGCUGGAACCAACGGGAGCGUUUUUGUGGGCUCUUGGAGACCAGGGAGAAUUUGGGCCAGCAAGUUAGGAUGGCAGCGGAAAUGUAAGGAACAACAUUUGGGGCAGAGUGUACUUGGACUUGUGGAGACAAUCUCCCCUUGGGUGGGUUUCAUGGGAUUCCAGAUGUUGGGCAAAAGCCACCUGUUCUGAAUGCUAAAUCCCUGCAGGAAUCCAGAACAACAUAGAAACAUAGAAUUGCAAGCACUAUCUUAGGUGGCAGAGCUAAAACCCCCAAUUUUGGAGAAGAUCCCUGGAACAAGGAUGUGGGUCAGUCACGUUUGCCCAGAUCUGAACAUAAAAGCUCACUACCCAACUCUGCUCAAAUGGUUUACCCAAUAAAAGGUGUGGUCUGAAGAAUGUUGGGUCUCAUCUUUGGGAUUCAUGAUCCCCGAUUUCAGACCGUGAUCUCCCCUUUAAAAAUGUUUCACCUGGGUUUUCGAAUGCUGAGGAAAGUGAAAUUCCCGGAUUGUUCCCUCGUUGCUUUCCUAGUCACCACAAAUUACUCUGACUUUUCCACAGCCCAAGGCUGCCUGCUGGGACAUUUCAAACUUGUGUUCAGGGCUUAUAACUUGGUCAUAAAAUCAUAAAUAUAUGUGUAAGCAGAAAACUGAGCUAGCAUAUCUGGGAUCAAGUUUUAUUUUAGAAUAGAGAGUGGGUUAGAAAAAACAAAAUAAUUGGAAAAGGAAAAACACACAAACAGAUAUACUUCAUAGGAUAUAUAAGGAGAAUAUUAUAGUUUUGCAGGAAAUGUGAGAUUCCCAAUCCCUUCUUCUGAUAGCAACAAUGCAGUGUGAAGGAGAAUUCUGCAAAGGAGAAUCAGUGGGCAGGAACCCCACAAUAAACUGGCAUCAGUUGUUCAGCUUAUUUUAGGUUCUUAUAGGACAGCAACUCUUUCUGCCUGUGAAUGGUCUCAAGACCAGAAUGUUUUUUUUUCUAGUUUAUGGCACAAUUCUGAAAUCCCAUGGUGAUAGUCUGGGAUGACAUUGACCACGGCUAGAAAAAUUGCUACAUAUCCAACUGACUACAGGAUACGAGUUAACUCAACUCAAUGAACCUUUAAGAAUUUAGCAGGGACCAGAGGAGGUGAAUGUACAACUUCGGCCUUCUCAUCAGCCUGGGUCUGGGGCACAAAUCAUUUUUUUCCAGAUGGAAAAAAACACUGAGUCCCAGAGCAUUGAGGAGGUCCAGCAUAAAUGUGUAGAUACAAUUCGGUCAGCCAGUUGGUGGUGCAUGGAUGUGUUGAGUCAUCUAUGCAUGGGGAGGCAAAUUCUGGGCAGAAAGUUUACUGCAUUGCUAAGGGUUGGACUACAUGACCCUUGCUGUCCUUUCCAAGUCCACAAUGCUAUGGUUUUGUGAAGGGUGCCACAACCAUAGCUAUUCAUUUUGUAAAUACUCCAGGGCCACGGCCAGUCCAGAGAGGAAGAAUCUGAACUGGAAGCAGCAAUGCAAGCACCAGAUAACUAUUUGAAAAUAAAGUCUCCUUCGAGGCUGUGGAGGUGAACUAAUCCCUGAUGUAGAAGGCUGUUGGCCAAAGUUAGCAUUCUAAACUUCCUUCACGUAAUAAGGGCACGCCAGACUGAAGUGAUGAUGUCCAGCUCUGAGAAGUUCUGGAGGUUGUUUUACACAGGGGCAGAAACCCAAAUGUGGGGCUGUACUGAGACCAAGAAGAAGUAGGCAUGGCUUUCCCCUGUUGCCUCUGCCUCCUUCCUUCUCCUUUUCCUGACAUCUCUCUGGACUGAAUAAAUCAUACCCUUCUAUUUUGCUUUGUUCAGACAGCACCUGGAACCCAUUGUAUGAGAUCCCUUCCAGGUCUUCAGUUUUGACAGGGACCUGGCUUCUUUUUUUUUUUUUAAAUGAUAUUUAUUAAAGUUUCAACAAAUACAAAAACAGAAAAAUAAAAAUACCAGAAAGUACAAAAUACAGAAAAAAGAAUAAGAUUUUUAAAGUACAACAACAACAACAAAAAAGAAAAAUAAAGGAAAACAUACGAGAUACAGUUAAAAACACAUUAACUUUCCAUAGUAUACCUUCCCUAGCCUUAUUUCCCCGGACCUCCUCAUACCUCCCUUUUUUGUAUUCCAGUUUGGUUUGUUAGUUCAGCAAAUCCUUACCAUUAAGCUUUUACCCAUUUGUAAACCUUUUUUCAUAUCUCUUAAAGCAUUGCAGCUGGAAACCACUUAGUUUCUAUCUAACAUCCUUCUAAGAUUCCUUAAUUUUACAAUAUUUCUGUAAAUAGUCUUUAAAUUUCUUCCAGUCUUCUUUCACCGACUCUUCUCCCUGGUCUCGGAUUCUGCCAGUCAUUUCUGCCAAUUCCAUGUAAUCAAUCACCUUCAUCUGCCAUUCUUCCAGAGUGGGUAAAUCUUGUGUCUUCCAAUACUUUGCAAGGGACCUGGCUUCUUUUGCUGUGUAAAGUACCAUGCAUAUUGGCGGCGCUUUAUAAAUAAGUGGAUAAUAUUUUCUGUUCCAGUUGUCAUCCAGAUUUAGCGUAUUUGUCUUCCAUCACAUCACACGAAUGAAACACAGACCCUGCAAGUGUCCCUAUUUUCCAAUGACAGGUCCCAUAUUUACAGAAGCCGUCUCGGUUUUUUGUUGUUUUUUUAAUAAAUAUUUAUUAAAGUUUUCACAAUAUUACAUAAUGAAAAAGAAAAAAGAAAAAAUACAAAAUAAAAAACAGUUAAAAACAAUUCCAUCUGUUUUUCACUUAUGUUUCAUUUGCUUGUUUCCAGGGCAUCCUCAUACCUCCCUUUUUUGUAUCCCAGUUCAAUUUAUUAGUUCAGCAAUUCCUUUCCCUCCUUAUUUUAUCCUGAUCUUUAAUCUUAAUAUAUUAUAGCAUUAAAUUUUUACCUGUUAAAAAUCCAAUUUUUUCAUAUUCUUUUAUACCAUUACAACUAGAAACCACUUAACUUCAAUCCAACAUCAUUCUAACAUUCGUUAAUUUUGCAAUAUUUCUGUAAAUAGUCUUUAAAUUUCUUCAGAAGCCGUCUCGGUUUUUGAUUCAAUCCCAGAAUGUCCCGCUUUUCCUUAGGACAUCCAUAUUUUCAUCAGAAAAAUGUUGGAGGGUGUGGAGUUAUGCGACCCCCGAGCCAAGGAGAUAAGGGACUCAACAACCUUUAGAAGACAUCUGAAGGCAGCCCUGUAUAGGGAAGCUUUUUAAUGUUUAAUGUUUUGUUAUGUUUUUAUAUAUGUUGGAAGCCACCCAGAGUGGCUGGGCCAACCCUGUCAGAUGGGUGGGGGGGAUACACUGAUGAUGCUUAUGGGAUAGUAAAGGUAAAGGGACCCCUGAUCAUUAGGUCCAGCCGUGACUGACUCUGGGGUUGCAGCGCUCAUCUCGCUUUAUCGGCCAAGGGAGGCUUCCGGGUCAUGUGGCCAGCAUGAUUAAGACGCUUCUGGUGAACCAGAGCAGCACACAGAAAUGCUGUUUACCUUCCCGCCGGAGUGGUACCUAUUUAUCGACUUGCACUUUGACGUGCUUUCGAACUGCUAGGUUGGCAGGAGCAGGGACCGAGCAACGGGAGCUCACCCCGUCACGGGGAUUCGAACCUCCAAUCUUCUGAUCAGCAAGUCCUAGGCUCUGUGGUUUAACCCACAGCACCACCCGCGUCCCACUAUGGGAUAGGAUAGGAUGGAUGGGAUAGGAUGUCCCUAUUUUCACCAGAGAAAUGUUGGAGGGUAUGGAAACAUCAUUAACAUUUCUGUUUGACUGUUGGGAGAUCAAAGUGUGAAACAUGGGGGAUCACUUGUUCAGUGAGUCUACAACGGAGGACCACUUCACACAUGGCAUGCUUAGCAAGGUGUAUGCCUAAAAAUGCAAUGUUUGUCCAUGACAGUUGCUUGCUGGAUGGAGCCAGCUCUUCUGUUGGAUAAGGUUGACCAGCGGCCUAUAUGAGGAACUGAGCUGUGGGCCUCUUAGAGCAGCGUUCUCAGGGGUGUCUGAUUACUCAGUUCCCUUUUCCACCGCACGAGACAGGAGCCAUCAGAGAAGUGGAAAAUGUCCAUUGUUUCAGAAAGGAAAUGGCUAUUUUCUUGGAGAUGGCGGAAAACGCAGAUGUCACCAUGUGUUUAAAAUAAGACUUCUGAGGUGAAAAGUUUGUGUUGUGUGCUGAGGGAAAGACCACCUAUGGUGCCCUGGGAAGGAGAAGGCGGGGAACAAAGAACCCAGGAAUUAACCCUAAUCCUCAAAUCCACAUUUAUAAAUACCCAACCUGUUGUCUUUCUCGCAAGUCUUUAUCUAAUGUUAUGAGGUUUUGCAGAUAAUUGUAGGAUCCAUUGUGGUCCAAAACAAAAACACCUUGAUUUCAAAGUAAAUUAAAAACAGUCAAUAUUAUCAACGAAAAAACAAGAUUGCCUUCCUGUUUAAUAUCAGUCACAGAGCUCCCUGACUGAAUUCCCCCUCCCCCCAAAGAAAACACAGCCAUGGAAAAUGUUCUUUGCACCCACACUGCUCCUUAUAGCAGUUUUUCUUCUGUUGAUUCUUAUCCAUGACACAUGCAACACUGGUGCAGAGAUUCAAUCUAGAUGUCUAAGUUAGAAAUCUGUUCCCUAAUGUGCUACCUUUCCACAGACAGGGAGUUUGAGAUACAGGAGAAUAUUCAAUACUUGUGAUUUCUGUGAUGCCUGGGCUUGGUUUUUUCCUCCACCUUUGACUGGCUAGUGAGGAGGUUGGCUGUUAGCAUGCAUCAAGAUCAUUGCCCUGCUCUCUGAAUAUUAACAGUUGGUCUCUACAUAAUAUGUCAGUCUGUGGGCAGAGAAUCUUACAAAUUAAACAUUACAGGAGGUCAAGAAAGUCAUGAAUCUCCCUAUAAUUGGAUUGUAUUACAUAGCUAUGAGAUAGCUAUGAGAUGACCUUAAGGAUGGAAAUACUCUGCAGUGGCCUAGCUUGUGGGGAGCUGGGAUACGUGGCCCUGGGUGCAAAAUUAUGAGGAGGUGCAACCAAACACCCCCCACAACAGGCUCCCUGCUGAGCUCCUGCCACCUUCCAGAGAGAUCUGCAUUGGCUCCCAGUACGUUUCCGAGCACAAUUGAAAGUGUUGGUGUUGACCUUUCAAGCCCUAAAUGCCUCGGUCCUGUAUACUUGAAGGAGCGUCUCCACCCCCAUCGUUCAGCCCGGAUACUGAGGUCCAGCGCCGAGGGCCUUCUGGCGGUUCCCUCAUUGCGAGAAGUGAGGUUACAGGGAACCAGACAGAGGGCCUUCUCAGUAGUGGCGCCCACCCUGUGGAACACCCUCCCUUCAGAUGUGAAGGAAAUAAGCAGCUAUCCUAUCUUUCAAAGACAUCUGAAGGCAGCCCUGUUCAGGGAAGUUUUUAAUAUUUAACGCUGUACUGUUUUUAACACUUGAUUGGGAGCCACUCAGAGUGGCUAGGGAAACUCAGCCAGAUGGGCAGUGUAUAAAUAAUAAAUUAUUAUUAUUAUUAUUAUUAUUAUUAUUAUUAUUAUUAUUAUUCCAUAGCUGCGGGGGAUGGGGGGACAAGCCAUACUGAGGCUGGGCCAUCACCCUAUGGGGCUGAGGUGUGCCUUCUUUCCCAGUGCCUGCAAGCAUCUUGCCCCUGGGCCGGCUGAGAGGCGCUGGUUCUCCUGGCCUGUGAAGUGGCGAGGAUGCAGCAGGCGGGGACCGGAGAGUGAGGGCACCGGUGGGAGCGGUGGCCAAGGCCCAGGCCAAGGAGAAGGAGGCUGCUUCUUCAGAGAUGGAGGACGAGGCCAAGCCAUGGUCAGUGUGGGCAGUGCAUCCACUCUGCAUUCCUGAUGCGGCCAUGACUGGCAGGCAAUGUUAGGGCAUGCAAGGGCAGCCCUAAGCUCUCCCAGGUUCCAGCCUGGUUGAGGGGGAGGGGGCAUAGCUGUCAACCAUCCCUUAUUUGGCGGGAAACUCCCUUAUCCCAGCGCCGUUUCCCGCUGCUGUCCCUUAUUGAUGAUGUCCCUUAAAUUUCCCAGGUUUCAAAGGAAGCAGCUCCUCUCCCUGCCGGCCAGGGAGGAGGGAGGCUCCAACUGUGUUGCUUGGCUGCCCAGCCCUCCCCCCUCCAGCCUCCUCUCACCAGGCUCAGCCCCUGGGAGCCCCUCCCUGCUGAGGAUCCUUGAGAGGAGAGCGAGGGCAACCAUAGAGAAAGCAGUUCAGAGAGAGGAGGCGGAGGCAUGGGCAGGUGUUCCAAGGGCUAACCAUAGAGGGGGAAAGCAGAGGAAGGACCACAAGUGCUUCUCCCAUAGAUUUGUAGUGGUAGACUAGUAUAGAUGGUCUGAUCUGUGGGUUUACCUCGGGUGCUAUUUCCCCCCCUUCCUCCCGCCCCGCCUGAUGGAACUGGGAAAUGCAGGUGGAGCAUGAGAGAAAAGAUACAGAACUGCAGCAGCAUCUUCGUAGCUUAGACUUCGUUUUGUGCGAAAAGUGGUUGCUGCUUGUAGUUAUUUAAUUGCAGUAUUUCAUCAGCUGGUGUCUUGAGCAGCAACCUCUGGAAAUGAAGGGCUAAAAAGCGGCCCUGCUCUCCAAAAUUAUCUGGUCCCUUUUAACUUCGUAUUUCAGCUGGUUGACUAAAAUCCCUUAUUUUGGCUGCUGAUCCCUUAUUUUCGAGGCUGCUGGUCCCUUAUUUUCAAAUCUGUAAGUUGACAGCUAUGGGAGGGGGCUGCCACCACUCACCAAGGAGGAAGGGAGGCAGGAAAGGGCCCAAAGGAGGAAGCCCCCCCAUGCACCUGCCUCAACCCCAGCUGCCCAGCCCACCAAGGCAGCACAACCUUUGCCCCGCCCAAUGUGCCGGCAACCCACGGUAUGCCACUGAUACUUUAUAGCUGUCCUCUCUCUCUUUUUUAGGCAAAAGGACCCCGCUAACUGACAGCAGGGUGGUUCUGACCAAUAUGAAGAUAAUAAGCAACGAUAAAAAUCAAAGCGAAGGGCUAAGACCAGACCCUCCGACCACCUCCGACUCUGCAGCGGAACCUGGUCCUCCUGAAUCAAGCGUCGCCCCAGAGCGCCCAGCAAGUUCAGCCAUCAUAUGUGAGGCGCCAGUGAAAGCCGAGUGUAUUACUACGCUCCCUGGCCUUGACACAUUAACACCGAAACACCAGGUGCUGAGAUUAGCCAAGUUUGAAUCGGAAGACUCUGGUGUGGAGUUGCCGAGUGGGGCCAACUCUCCCUCGACACCCAAGGGCUCCGAGAAAAGCUUUGUGCUCCACAGCAGAGAUCCUUCUUGUGACUCUGGGGUGCUGAGCGCCUCUUCCUCUCCAGCAGCUGACCACGCAAUCACGAGAGUGUGCAAAGACGCUGUAGAUGCUUGUCUGUGCAUGUCGGAUGGCAAACCGGCAGCGGGACACCGCGCAGGGCAGUCUCCUGAAGUUUGCUUGGAGGAUGGCACUGAUUGCCCAGAGGGGGGAAAUCCUGAACAGUCUUUUUUGGGUGGCAGCCAAGGAGAGCGCUUGGAAGAGAAAACCAGCGGAUCCCUCCUCCCCACUCAACCUCCAGAAGAAGAGAAAAGACCUGGUGAUGGUUACGGAAAAGACAACUUCGAAGAGAUGCUCCUGCAGGGGCACCCCCUGAGAAAAUACCCCACAAGUGACAGUUUGGAUGAGUACAUGGACGAAUGCUGUAGGCUGAGUAAGGUAAGAUUCCUCUUUGGGUGAAAUGCCCAGACUCUUCCUCAAUUACCGUAUUUUUUGCUCUAUAAGACGCACCAGACUACAAGAUGCACCCAGUUUUUGGAGGAGGAAAACAAGAAAAAAAAUAUUCUGAAUCUCAGAAGCCAGAACAGCAAGAGGGACCGCUGCGCAGUGAAAGCAGCAAUCCCUCUUGCUGUUCUGGCUUCUGUGAUAGCUGCGCACCCUGCAUUCGCUCCAUAAGACGCACGCACAUUUCCCCUUACUUUUUAGGAGGGAAAAAGUGAGUCUUAUAGAGCAAAAAAUACGGUAGUUAUUGCGGAACAAAAGGCACCUUUUGGGCAAGUGAAAUGCCCAUUUCCUUGGGCGGUGUUAUUUCACUUAACUGCACAAUCCUAACCCUCUCUACUCAGAAGUAAGUCCUAUUGAAUUAAAUGGGGUUUACUCCCAGUUGUGGUGUUAGAAUUGCAGCUCCUGUGGUCAAUUAUUGAGUUGUCUGUUCUCUAUUCCAGUUUCCACACACUGUGUUGGUUUCCCAAUAGAGAGGCUGUACGAGUGUGUUUUGUCGUGAGCUGUUUAUGUGAUUUCCAGACAGCUGUUUCUGAAUGGAGGGCUGGAAGUUCUCCAGAAUAACUGCAGAAUACAGUGGUACCUCAGGUUACAUACACUUCAGGUUACAGACGCUUCAGGUUACAGACUCCGCUAACCCAGAAAUAGUACCUCAGGUUAAGAACUUUGCUUCAGGAUGAGAACAGAAAUUGUGCUCCGGUGGCGCGGCAGCAGCAGGAGGCCCCAUUGGCUAAAGUGGUGCUUCAGGUUAAGAACAGUUUCAGGUUAAGAAUGGACCUCCAGAACAAAUUAUGUACUUAACCCGAGGUACCACUGUAAUCUACUGAAAGAUACCAGUGCAGUUGCAAUUGGCUUUCCACACUAAGCAUUCUUCUAGAACACCUGUUUAUUGAGCAUUCAUCCUGAACUGGGAGCAACCCAGCCAGAUGGGCAGGGAAGAAGAAGAAGAAGAAGAAGAAGAAGAAGAAGAAGAAGAAGAAGAAGAAGAAUAUCUGCUUGCAUGAAGCUUAUGUUCUAGAGCAGUGUUUCCCAGUGUGGGCACACACCCAGCAGGAGCAGGGACCAAGCAACGGGAGCUCACCCCGUUGCGGGGAUUCAAACCGCCGACCUUCCGAUCGGCAAGCCCUAGGCUCUGUGGUUUAACCCACAGCGCCACCCACAUCCAACAAGCAGUUUAGGAAGCAAUUAAUUAAGGGGCUGCUGGGAUGGAGAGCCAAGAAAAUAGAAAUUUGAUUUGUGUGGCGGUUUACAGUGUUGAAGUGUUUGAUUAAGUUGACUAUGAGGAUUAAAAGGAAGGAAACGUCAAGGGAAAGGACUUGUGUAUUGGAACAGGAAAUCAUAGCAUCAUAGCAUUGUAGCAUUUGAAGGGACCUGAGGAUAGUCUGGUCCAACUCCCUGGAAUGCAGGAAUAUGCAGGUGGCCCUUGCGGGAAUUGAACCUGCAACCUUGGCAUUAUCAGCACUACGCCCUAACCAACUGAGCUAACCUAAACUCUCCAGGUAGGACCAUUUCACUCAGGCAGAAAGCACUCUGUGAAAGAAAAGGGUGUUGGCAUUUUAUUACACAUGGCUUCUGGGAUGCGGCUGGCGCUGUGGUCUAAACCACUGAGCCUCUUGGGCUUGCCGAUCAGAAGGUCGGCGGUUUGAAUCCCCGCGAUGGGGUGAGCUUCCAUUGCUCUGUCCCAGCUCCUGCCAACCUAGCAGUCCGAAAGCAUGCCAGUGCAAGUAGAUAAAUAGGUACCGCUGUGGUGGGAAGGUAAACAGCAUUUCUGUGUGCUCUGGUUUCUGUCACAGUGUUCCGUUGUGCCAGAAGCGGUUUAGUCCUGCUGGCCACACGACCCAGAAAGCUGUCUGUGGACAAACGCUGGCUCCCUCGGCCUGAAAGCGAAAUGAGCGCCACAACCCCAUAGUCACCUUUGACUGGACUUAACCGUCCAGGGGUCCUUUAACAUGUGGCUCUAAUGUAAUGUGCACUUUACCACAAAGUUAGCUCUGGCUUAACUUUUCUGCAAUACUUGCUUAUUGCCCAGAAUUGGUAUUGUAAGGUAGUUUCUGUGGAUGUUUUAUAGAUUCAUGCGUCAAUCCCAUCAAGUUAAGUUGCUAUCCUGGACUAUCCCCCCCCCCCCCAAAUAUGGGUUUAUUGCCUGGAAUGGGUAUCAGAACAGUAUUUGUAGACAUUUUGUGGCUUACAUCAUGAGUCCCAGUUAUAGAUGAGUAGUGGAUUUGGCUGGUUUAUUUAGCACAGAAGUUGGUUGUCCCAGGCCAUUUUCCUCAAAUACAGUCUACUGCGUAGAAUGGGUUUUGGAACAUUGGGUGGUAUUCAUGCAACGUUUACUCAGAGUAGACUUGUUGAAAUUCAUAGAGUUUGGCUCAUGAAUUUCAGUGGGUCUGCUCUGAAUAAAACUUAAGUUGGCUAGAUUUGAUUUCCACGGACGUUUUGUUUCCAUGGAAGUCAGUUUCAACUACUCAGGUAUGGCAUGAAUAGUUGGUUUCGCUAGCUCAGAAGUUGGCAUUCUGGGCUGUUUGGUUCUGGGUGUGAAGUGGUUAAUAAAAGUAUAAUACCAGAAUGGUUUUGGGUGUAAAAUAUUGUGUCCAAAUGGGAAGAAGACUCAGAUCCAGGGGAGUGGUGGUGGGACAAGGAUGAGUGGUCAGAGGGAGAAGAGGGAGAGGACUUUGGGAGAAGGAGGUGUUGGAAGCUGAAGAGAUAACAGGGCUCAGUUGGGAGAGUCUGUGGCAAAGAGAAGCCAGAAUCAGAGGCCGAGAUGAGUCAGGCUGCUGAAGAGUCACGGGUUUCUCUCCUUCCUGCUGCAACAAAUUCCCUUCCCAGCUGGUUUCCCAGAACCAGAAGGGGCAUGAAAAGGGGUGGAGGAGAUUUGGGCUUCAUGAAGGUGCAGUCUUAAAUUGCUUGGAUAAAGCACUGGACAGGAGGGGACUCAGACAGCCGUGGGGAAGCAGGGACAUUCAGUCUCAGCAACUGAUUCGUGGGAGAAGAGCUACUGCGGAUGCGCCGCUGGUGCUCAUUAGGCCUGAUGCUCAGCCCAGCCUGUGACGAUCGCGUUCUUACUUCUAAAGAAUUGACUCCGAUUUUGAGUGAUCUUUGUGAUUUCCUGCAGGCGUGCUCUGUGGCACAACCCAUCUCGCUGUUUUUGAAACAAGUUUUAUUUAUAAAGGGGCCGUUGCUUUUCCGUUCUGGCACUUCCAGCUUCCCAGUUUGAAUUCACAGCGCUGUGAAGUUUCAGUGCAGCACUCCAGCAUCACUGCUGGCAAAUUUCCAGUUCUAAACAUGUUUCUUGAUGUAAAAAAAUGUGACUCAAAGCUGCACACACACAAAAUGCAUAGCUGUGUGAUAGUCAGGCCAAUGUUUUAGGGUGGCCCUGGGGGCCUUCAGAUCUCCUGCUCCUUCCCUCAUUUUUAACCCCUCUCUCUCUCUCUCUCUCUCUCUCUCUCUCUCUCUCUCUCUCUCUCUAAAUUUGCUUGCAGCCCUGCUGGGCAUGCUACAAAUCACAGUGCUGGAGAGACCACAGCAAACUAGCCUUUUUAAUUUGUAUCCAUACACAUACAUUACCAUAUACACAUUUAUCCACACACUUAAAUUACCAUAUACACAUUUGUGUUGUGGGCUUGUGCCCUGAGUCUUUAAAGUCCCCAGAUUGUAGCCAGUGCUGGAUUUAGGGCGCUGAUCCAAGGGGGCGCAAAAUUGAGAAGACCCAUUUGGGGGUGCCAAAUUUCUGCCUUGCUCAGGGUGGCAUAUUACCAAAGUCUGCCCCUGGUUGUAGCAGCACAGGCUACACAUGCAAAUUACAGUCACCUACCAUGGUGCAAUUUCCAUUUUUUUCUUUUGAAAAGCCCUACAUAUUACCUUAAAAGGGACACGGGUGGCACAGUGGGUUAAACCACAGAGCCUAGGACUUGCUGAUCAGAAGGUCAGCGGUUCAAAUCCCCGUGACGGGGUGAGCUCCCGUUGCUCAGUCCCUGCUCCUGCCAACCUAGCAGUUCAAAAGCAUGUCAAAGUGCAAGUAGAUAAAUAGGUACUGCUCCUGCGGGGAAGGUAAACGGUGUUUCCGUGCGCUGCUCUGGUUCGCCAGAAGUGUCUUUGUCAUGCUGGCCACAUGACCUGGAAGCUGUACGCCGGCUCCCUUGGCCAAUAAAGCGAAAUGAGCGCCGCAAACCCAGAGUCGGUCACGACUGGACCUAACGUUCAGGGGUCCCUUUACCUUUACCUUAUGUAUUACCUUGCCUAUUUUGAAUAACUGAAGCACAGUAUCAAAUUCAGAGAAUGAUGGGGAAAUAUGCUGGGCUUGCGUCUUCUCUGCACCCAAGCCAGUCUCUUGCUGUUCCAAAUCUAGAUAUUAUGUAGAUGUUGAACCUCUUUGCCUACAUGGGCAACAUCUUUUGCAUGGACUUAGCUGCAUCAAUGGGAGCAGUAAAUUUCUGUUUCAAUGGAGCAUCUCCCAAGGACUAUACAGUGGUACCUCGGGUUAAGUACUUAAUUCGUUCCGGAGGGCCGUUCUUAACCUGAAAUUGUUCUUAACCUGAAGCACCACUUUAGCUAAUGUGGCCUCGUGCUGCUGCUCCGCCCCCAGAGCACGAUUUCUGUUCUCACCCUGAAGCAAAGUUCUUAACCUGAAGCACUAUUUCUGGGUUAGCGGAGUCUGUAACCUGAAGCAUAUGUAACCUGAGGUACCACUGUAUAAUAUUUGAUAAUAAUAAUUUAUCAUUUAUACCCCGCCCAUCUGGCUGGGUUUCCCCUAGACUUAACUGAGCCACAGUCAAGCUGGUUAGGGUUGAGGAUUCCUUGCGGAUGCCAGUAUAGGAGCAGUAGCUAGGUUGCAACGUUUUCUGGAAACAUCAUGUGUGUUUGAACCAAAAAUACCUAACAUUUGUGGGGUGCUUUCUUCCUCAUUGUAGGUGAACCAAGGAAAUGCCAAGGCCCACGGCUCAGGCCUGGGUUACCUGGAACACAUCUGCCAACUUAUUGAAAAAAUCGGGCAGCUACAGGAGCACAACCUGAGGUUACAGAAGCAAGUCAGCAGCUUGCAGAAGGAGCAGAAAGCAAACCAGCUAACAGAGGUAAGAAGAAAGGGCACAGGACUCCUUUUCGCCAGGUUGUAGAUAUGGCUCCCCGCUAUGCCAGCUGAAUCUCUGCUUCUGCCUGUGCCCACCCAGCCAGAGGGGUGAAACCCUCUGCUCAAAAGCAAACAUGCCAGGAAAAAAAGACAGAAGGCCCCACCACAGACCAUAAAUCAGAGAUGGUACUAGUGUUUGGGUGUGGUUUUUCCCCUCAGCGGGAGAGAAGUUCUUUACUCCGCGUCUGGGAGUGAUGUAAACUUCUGUCGUCCACCAGGUCUUUGCCUGAGUGAGUUCAGGAUUUGAUGUCAGUGUAUGCCCUCAUCCCAGCCACGAUUCAACCCUUUUUUGUCCUGUUCUGCCGUGAUAAUUCUGCCAGCAGAACAGCUCUAUUACGCCUGGGAUGGAUCUCAAGAUCCUCUGGCAUGGGUGGCCCUUCCAUCACUUCCUAAAUGUCCCUCAGCCAGCAAAUCUCUGCAAGCUUGACUCCCAAAUUUAAUCUGAGCAUCGAAUCAGUUUGCUGCUUUCUGCUGUUUUGUAGUAUUGGAAAGUUACCAUAGAAUCAAGUUGGAAGGCUCCUGCUGUCACGAAGAGACAUCCCGCAGUUCACCGGCUCAGUCUACACAAGCGAGAUUAUGCGUCUCUGUCAAGGUCACAGAUCAGGACAGUGUUGGAGCUGAGAAAAGAAUGUAAUCUCUCAGCUUCCUCUUGAUUAGUCAUAUCAUUAUCUCCUUCCUCAGUUUUCUCCUUUUGACGUCCAUGCAGCUGGUUUUGUGCUCAGAUUGUCUCCUGCCAUCUCCCAAAUCAUCUCUUUUGUAUUGUUCUAAUCCAGGCAUGUCCAAAGUCCAGCCAGGGGGCCCAAUCCGGCCCGCUGGUCGGUUUAAUCCGGCCUCUGUGGCAGUUUAUUUUCUGGGUUAAAAUCCUAAAAAUACAACUUUUGGGUUAAGCUCAACAACUUCAAUCCUAAAAAAAGGUCAACAACUUUGGUCGGCCCUCAUGCAUGUUCACUUCAUCAAAUUUGGACACCUCUGUAUCUAAUCUAUUCUUUUUCUCAUCCUUCUGAUGCCGUUUUCAGCUGCAAAAUCCAGCGAUUUUUACCUGUGCUCCCCACAUGGGACUUGGUUUUAGGGUCACGGCUAUUCUCACAAGUUUUCAGAUGGCAUGAUGUUGUGCAUAGUGCCUAUAGCGAUUUUGUUCUGCAGAGAGUGUAGCACUAUGUUGAUUAAUUUGAGCGGCAUUGCCAAAGCCCAUAAUUACCUGGUUUAGAAUAUGAUUUUGUCCAGCUCAUAAUGCAUGCAAGCAUUAUGAAUCAUACAGAAGUUCUUUUCCACUUAGAAAAAUGCAAAACAGAAUUCUGCAAAAUGAACAGAACGUGCUCUUAGCUGAAGUACUUUUUGCGCAAUACACUAAUCACAGCUCAGACUGAGUUAAGCAAACAUCUUUAAACACUGAUUUAAAUGCCCCUGCAAGCUAUGGGGCAAGCCCAGGGAAUCUCUGGAGCCAAACGUAGGGAGGGCAGAGGUACAAAAGAGUUGCGUAGUUCUUGAACUUCUCUGACCAAGUGCAUGACCUGACUGAUCUACAUUGUAAAGGUAAAAAGGUACCUUUUACCUCUAUAUUGUUCACAAGGUGCAAACCUCCCUAAUUCUCACCCAAACCAGUAACUGAAUGUAACAGAGCUUUGACGUGAUCACUUCUCUCAGUUUUAUGAUGCAGUUCUCUGACCCAAACAUGUGCAGAAAAAAGCACAUAUUAAUUAAAAAAAUAUAUGCUUUAGAUGAGAUAUUGCAUGAAAAAAAAUGCAUGUAUUAGGAGAAACGCACAUGAAAAUGCAUGCAGAUUUUUACCUGCUGAUUUUUUAAAAUAAAAAUUUGCAAAUUAAUGCACAACUGACGGGCAAACUGAACAGAAGGAUGGAAACAGGAGAGAAACUGAAAUGGACAGAUUUUGCCUUUUAUCCUAUGGCUGUACACACUAGCCUCUUGGCUUAGACCUAAAAGACAGGAUCUCUCUGUACUUGUUAGUUCCAGAUAUCUUAUUGUCAGGGCUUUUUUUCAGCCGACGUCUGAGGUGGGUGCCAUUGCCAUUCUAAGAGAACAAGGGAGAAGUUCAUGGUGAGCUCUGGCACCUAUUUUUCUAGAAAAAUAGCACUGCUUAUUGUUAUAAGUAUGGCUUCCUUGUUGUUGUUUGCCUCUCUUAUCUCACACACAAAGAGAGAUACCUUGAUGACAACAGAGAGAGGUGAAGCUGAUUCUCAAAUGGCUCUCACAUUCCAGGAGAGCCCUUCCACAGAGAGGCAUCUCCUUCAGAGAAGCAAACUCCUUGGCCACUCAGCCAGCGCCAUCAAGAUAAUCUCCAGAUUCCCUGCUUCUUUCAUUAACCUUCUCCUGGCCAAACCUCAGGCUUACAACCAAGAAUUUUUAGCAAUUUAGCAAUUGCUAAAAAUUGGAAAAAAGAAAUUGCGCCAACAAAAAAGGAAUGGCAAGACAAACUGAUAGAGUAUAUUGAACUGGCUAGAUUAACAGAGGCAAUUAGACAAGAGUUUCAAAAAGCAUGGGGGAAAUGCAGAGAAUACAUGUUCACGUUUAAUGAGGGUGGAUUUCUGUAUGGGGGGCGGUUAUGUUAUGUUGUAAAUAAAAUUUCCACUAAAUAAAAAAAUAAAAUAAAUAAGAAUUGCACGGCUGUAAGGGAGCCAUCUUAAAAAGUAUCAUCAGGUUACAUAUGCUUCACGUUACAGACUUCACUAACCCAGAAAUAGUGCUUCAGAUUAAGAACUUUGCUUCAGGAUGAGAACAGAAAUCGGGCUCCGGCGGCGCAGCAGCAGCAGGAGGCCCCAUUAGCUAAAGUGAUGCUUCAGGUUAAGAACAGUUUCAGGUUAAGAACGGACCUCCGGAACGAAUUAAGUACUUAACCUGAGGUACCACUGUACUGCCCCAGUAAAGAUACACACAGUCAAUAAAAACAACCCGGCCACUUGUUGGAAGUGUUGGAAAAAGAGAGGGGACUUUUUUCCACACGUGAUGGGAAUGUCAUAUGGCAUAUGCUAAAGAAAUAUUGGGGGGAAAUAAAAAGUCAACCAAAAAAGUAUUUUAAGUUAUGUGGAAGGUUCAGUAGGUGGGAGCAUAAAGGAUUGGUUUCUUAUAUGCUGGAAGCAACUAGAAUUCUAUAUUCCAUCAGUAUCCAGACAUUACAUACGAAGAUAGAUUGUUAUUAAUUUUAAAUGUGAUAUUAAUUGGUUUGUUGUCAUCUUACUUUCCAUUUGUUGAGCUUCUUGUUAAAGCAGACAUACAGUGUUACCUCUGGUCACGUACUUAAUUCGUUCCGGAAGUCCGUUCUUAACCUGAAACUGUUCUUAACCUGAAGCACCACUUUAGCUAAUGGGGCCACCACGCCACUGCUGCAUGAUUUCUGUUCUUAUCCUGAAGCAAAGUUCUUAACAUGAGGUAAUAUUUCUGGGUUAGCGGAGUCUGUAACCUGAAGCGUCUGUAACCCGAGGUACCACUGUAUAAUGUUCCGUAUUUUAAGUGGUAAUAUAACAUAUGCAUAACAGUGCAUAUGAAAAUAUUGAAGGGAUUUUACCACUCUGAAAUGCUUAUUAUGUAUAACUUCACAAAGAAACUGGUAUCUGGAGCAGAAAUUAGUUACUUAGGAAUGUCAAAAUUGUAUUUUAUGUUUGUAGAAUGGAACAUACAACUGAAGAACUGCAAGAAGGGUCUCCAAAGGGUCUCUGUGUUAUGGGGUGAAGUUUCACUAUACAGUAUUCCUAGAUUAUGUUAGGCACGUUUAUUUUGGCCAGACAGUUCCUAGGGAAGAAGCUCGCCAUCUCUCCCAUGGAAUUCCAGCAAUUUGUUUGUGCUAUCUUGUGGCGCCAAGUUGCAUACUCCUGACUAGCUGCAAAUUAAACUCAGGCAUAUCUCCUCUUUCACCUGGCGUAGGAGUGUUUUCUACAGCAUUGCUCCUGCGGAGCUGCCAGGAUUUUGUUGAGCUCACACCAAGAAGGGAAGAAUUUUUUUCCUGGGAAGAGCCGACCGCACAGCCUAUUGGUGCAGAACGGAAACAUGUCCGACCUCUCAAUCAUUCCAGAAGGAGGAGGAGGAAGCAGUGACAAAACAAGCAAAGGUAGGUUUCUGUCUUCUGGCCCACUGACCUUAAUGUAUAAUGCACUUGUUAUGGAAUAGGUCUUAAUCGGCGGCCACAGUCGUUCAGUGGGUGAACGCAAUAGGACAUUAUUGAGUAGACAUGGGCAACAUUAAACAAAGCACAUGCUUUUCACCAGAUAUGCUCCCAGAUAAUUCCUUUCUAGCACAGCCAUCACUUUAACAGGGGCAGUAACAGACCCUCCAAGUGUCCCUGUUCUUCAGGGACAGUCCCAGAUUUACAGAAUCUGUCUCAGUUUCUGGUUUGAUCCCAGAAUGUCCCGCUUUUCCUUAGGACGUCCCUAUUUUCAUCAGAGAAAUGUUGGAGACUAUGGUAAAGGUAAAGGGACCCCUGACCAUUAGGUCCUGUCGUGACCGACUCUGGGGUUACGGCGCUCAUCUCGCUUUAUUGGCCGAGGGAGCCGGCGUACAGCUUCCAGGUCAUGUGGCCAGAAUGACUAAGCCGCUUCUGGCGAACCAGAGCAGCACAUGGAAAUGCCGUUUACCUUCCCGCCACAGCGGUACCUAUUUAUCUACUUGCACUGGUAUGCUUUUGAACUGCUAGGUUGGCAGGAGCUGGGACCGAGCAACGGGAGCUCACCCCAUUGCGGGGAUUUGAACCGCCGACCUUCUGAUCGGCAAGUCCUAGGCUCUGUGGUUUAACCCACAGCGCCACCCGCGUCCCUCCACUUUUCCUUAGGACAUCCCUAUUUUCAUCGGCGAAAUGUUGGAGGGUAUGGAGUUCUGCAACCCCCGAGCCAAGGAGAUAAAUAACUGUACAACCUUUAGAAAUCAUCUGAAGGCAACCCUGUAUAGGGAACGUUUUUUUUAAAAAACGAUUACUCUUUCAUUAUAUUUUAUAUAUGUUGGAAGCUGCCAAGAGUGGUUGAAGCAAUCCGGUCAGAUGGGCAGGGUAUGAAUUAUAACUAUUAUUAUUAUUAUUCAUGUCCCUGUUUUCAUCAGAGAAAGGUCGGAGGGGAGGCAGUAACUUUGGCCUGGAUCUCUGAGUGACCAACACAUCAUGGCAUUCUCUAGCUUAGUCUUUGCAUAUGCUGAGUAUCUCCUUCAGGGCCGGCCCUGCUAUUAGACAGAAUGAGUUGGCUAGGAAGCGGCAGCAAGGUGUUAACAGCACAGAGCUGAAUGUGCCAGGAGGCCUGUCCUGUGCUCCCUAAACCAGUGAUGGCCAAAUUUGGCCCUCCUGCUGUUUUGGGACUACAAUUCCCAUCAUCCCUGACCAUGGGUCCUGUUAGCUAGGGAUGAUGGGAGUCGUAGUCCCAAAACAGCUGGAGGGCCAAGUUUGGCCAUCACUGCCCUAAUCUAUCCUGCUGCUCUCAGUUGCAGCGGAGAGUGCUUUCUCAUCACAAGGACUGAAGUAAGAUUCAAUACUUCAAGUCUGGUUGGCAUUUGUGCAUGGAGUGGAAAGCGGGGGGGGGGGGGGAGAGACACCAUCUUAUCCUUUGCCUCAGGCGGUGAGAUGUCUUGAACCAGUCUAAAUCUCCCUUUGCCAUUGCACAAGAAGACAACGGCAGCAAACGUACACUUUGUCGUUUAGUCGUGUCCGACUCUUCGUGACCCCAUGGACCAGAGCACGCCAGGCACUCCUGUCUUCCACUGCCUCCCGCAGUUUAGUCAAACUCAUGCUGGUAGCUUCGAGAACACUGUCCAACCAUCUCAUCCUCUGUCGUCCCCUUCUCCUUCUGCCCUCCAUCUUUCCCAACAUCAGGGUCUUUUCCAGGGAGUCUUCUCUUCUCAUGAGGUGGCCAAAGUAUUGGCGCCUCAGCUUCAGGAUCUGUCCUUCCAGUGAGCACUCAGGGCUGAUUUCCUUAAGAAUGGAGAGGUUAGAUCUUCUUGCAGUCCAUGGGACUCUCAAGAGUCUCCUCCAGCACCAUAAUUCAAAAGCAUCAAUUCUUCAGCGAUCAGCCUUCUUUAUGGUCCAGCUCUCACUUGCAUACAUCACUACUGGGAAAACCAUAGCUUUAACUAUACGGACCUUUGUUGGCAAGGUGAUGUCUCUGCUUUUUAAGAUGCUGUCUAGGUUUGUCGUUGCUUUUCUCCCAAGAAGCAGGCGUCUUUUAAUUUCGUGGCUGCUGUCACCAUCUGCAGUGAUCAUGGAGCCCAAGAAAGUAAAAUCUCUCACAAACGUACACUAGGCGCUCGCUUUUCUAACUCUGAACAGUUGUAACAGCUGGUAAAAAGCAAGACGACAUAAGCUACCUGUUUACAUCGGUCAAUCUUCUGACUGCAGGCAGAGAUGUUCGCCUGGAUCCGGAAAAUAACCAGCUGAUAAUGGACUUACAGCUGUCGAAUGGAAAGAAAAGUGGACAGAAUGAGUGCAGGGAUGGAUACUGUGUGACUGACGGCCAAGCUCAGCUCCUAAAGGAGUCAGCCAUGAAAACGGUGAGCGAUAUAUGUUCACGUGGCAUAGGUUUUUGUGGACUGGACCCCACUUUGUCGGACGCACUUUUACAGUGGAAGCUGGUUCUGCAGCAGCUGCUAUUGCACAUUCCUACCCAUCUUUUCAUGCCGUCUGCAGAGGAACAGCUCUCAUAAUAAUACUGGAUGAUAUCAAGAUAAAUUUCGAUUACAUCCUAACAGGGCAAUGCAAAGCUUUGUGCUGGGUGGGGUGAGCAGGGUGGGGGUUAGAUUUCACCCUCGACCUGCUUCCCUUAAACAGCUUUGCGCUGUUCAUACGGUGGCUGGAAGGCUUUAGAGCGGAUUCUAAGGCGUACUCCCAAUAUUAAUUCUAUGCUCUCUUCUUUUUAUUUCUAGGGCUUUGACAUUAGCAGAAAUACCUCGGUAAGUAAUCACUUUGGGAAAGCAAUUCAUACCAAAUUUCCCCUUGGAUGCUGCUGCUACCAUCCCUUGUUUCCCUACUUUCUCCUCCCUCUGCUGAAAUGAAGAUUGCGCCUGGCUCAGAGCAGGAGCGUUCCUUUGUCAUAUAUAUGGAUGCGGGUGGCGCUAUGGGUUAAACCACAGAGCCUAGGACUUGCCGAUCAGAAGGUUGGCGGUUCGAAUCCCCGCAACGGGGUGAGCUCCCGUUGCUCGGUCCCUGCUCCUGCCAAUCUAGCAGUUCGAAAGCACAAAGUGCAAGUAGAUAAAUAGGUACCACUCCGGCGGGAAGGUAAACGGCGUUUCUGUGGGCUGCUCUGGUUCGCCAGAAGCAGCUUAGUCAUUCUGGCCACAUGACCCGGAAGCUGUACGCCGGCUCCCUCGGCCAAUAAAGUGAGAUGAGCGCCGCAACCCCAGAGUUGGUCACGACUGGACCUAAUGGUCAGGGAUCCCUUUACCUUACACACACACACACACACACACACACACACACACAACUUUAGAGAGCCACAUGCAAUUAUGCACUGAUAUUAAUUAUGUACUAAUAGCAUACUGAAUAUCCUGUUAAGUAGAGUAGGAGGGCAAAUUCCUUGUGGAUCACACAAAAAACACUGCUGUGUGGUGGUGUGAUGGGGAUUAUGCCAUCUGGCAAGUGGCUCUUGCUUCUGAAGGCAGAAUGGAACUCAUGUAUGACACCACUCCAUUUCUCAGAUAGGGAAUAAUAAUAAUAAUAAUAAUAAUAAUAAUAAUAAUAAUAAUAAUAAUUUUUUAUUUAUACCCUGCCCUUCCCAGUUUAAAAACCGGGCUCAGGGCAGCUAACAGCAAAUAUAAAACAUUGAUUAAAAAUGUGACUUAAAAACAGCAUAAAAUACAACAUAGAUAAAUACAACAUAAAAUAGCUAAAAGGUAAAGGGACCCCUGACCAUUAGGUCCAGUCGCGGACAACUCUGGGUUUGCAGCACUCAUCUCGCUUUACUGGCCAAGGGAGCCAGCGUUUGUCCGCAGACAGCUUCCGGGUCAUGUGGCCAGCAUGACUAAGCUGCUUCUGGAGAACCAGAACAGUGCACGGAAACGCCAUUUACCUUCCCGCCGGAGAGGUACCUAUUUAUCUACUUGCACUUUGACGUGCUUUCGAACUGCUAGGUUGGCAGGAGCAGGGACCGAGCAACGGGAGCUCACCCCGUCGCAGGGAUUUGAACCGCCGACCUUCUGAUCGGCAAGUCCUAGGCUCUGUGGUUUAACCCACAGCGCCACCUGCAUCCCCUAUUUUCCUAAUUAGCAAGUCCUUAAAUUUCUCUUAUCAUGUGUGUACCACAAAAACCACAAAAGCCUGCUUUAAAAAAAGAAGGUGUGAAUGUUGCGCUAGGGUGACAUUGUGCUUUAAUCGCACAAACCUAAAGUUCCACUAUGUGAGCAAAUUCCUCCUGUUAAAUGCUGCCAGCCCAGAGGCACCCGCAGCUAUUGCAUGCUUUUUUUCCUGGGCUGUGUUUCUCACAAUGCCAGCAUAUUAUCACGGAUCAUCCUUUUACAGUAUACCGGAAGCUGCUGCCGUUGCAAAUUAUAUCCUAUGUCUCAAAAUAACUGACUGUAAAGAGGCUACUCUGAACCUUUUUUUGAGAAAAAGAGAUUUCGCCUUCCAAGUAUGCGCCUUGUGUUUACCAGUUGCGUGGGGACCAUGUGCAAGCUUACCGUAGGUAGGAACCGUUUUCAUGUUCACUCGCCUUGUGCUAAAAUGGCUUUGCAUAUUCCGCAGGGUGACAAUCUGACCUGGGGAAGAAUGAGAGACCUCCUGAGAAAGAGUAGGGGAAGGAACCAGAGCAGGCUGGGCUUGUCAUCAGCUGCCUUGAAAAGGUCAUGCCCUCAGCUCUAUAGGUAAGUUUCCUAGGGUUGUGGCUACACUCAGGUGUUAACGGGUCACUGUUUCCAUGUUUGUGAACUUUCAUCCACACUCUCAUGAAUGCUCUCAGUUUAAGGCCUCUGAUAUUUGUCUCAGUGUUUCCUGCGCUUGAGAAAGUGUGGUUGCCACUAGGAUAAGGGAGGAUGUUGAGUGCUGUCAAAAAGAUAAAAAAUAGAGAUGCAGAGCAGCUUCACAUCCACAAUAAACUCCGGUGUGGCUGAGACCUAGGAUCUGAACAUUCAUUUGAGGGUGCAAGGGUGAUGGGGGCAGCAAAGAUUCUGGGAGGCCCUGUUCUGGACCGCAUGCUAUUUACUGCACAUUGUAGAACUACAGUGGUUUAGUAACUGGACUCCUAAACUUGGACCGAUUCAGGAGAGUUGGCUUCAAAGUCCUGUCCGCAUAUGAUGGAGCGAGCUUGUUCUCUUCUGCUCUGGAGGGUAGGACUCAAACCAAUGGCUUCAAAUUACGAGAAAGGAGAUUCCAACUAAACGUCAGGAAGAACUUUCUGACAGUAAGAGCUGUUCAACAGUGGAAUGGUCUCCACUGGGAGGUUGUGGACUCUCCUGUGGACGUUUUUAAGCAGAGGCUUAAUGGCCACCUGUCAUGGAUUAGUUGAGAUUUCUGCAUUGCAGGGGGUUGGAUGAGAUGGCCCUUGGGGAACCUUCCAACUCUAUGGUUCUAUGAAAUCAAAGAUAAUAAUGAUAACAAUAAUACUUUUAUUGCCAUUGUACAAGCUGUGUACAUUGAAAUUAAAUGAGCUUCCCUCCCCAACACUCAACCUCUUAUUGUACAACACACCACCUCACAAGUCAAUUUCGCUAUAUAAUUUCCCAUUCAACAGCCUAGCAGCCCACGGAUAGAAGCUAUUUUUUAGCCUGUUGGUAUGGCUGAUUAUAAGGGACGUGUGUGGCGUUGUGGGUUAAACCACAGAGCCUAGGGCUUGCUGAUCAGAAGGUCGGCGGUUCGAAUCCCUGCAACGGGGUGAGCUCCUGUUGCUCAGUCCCUGCUCCUGCCCACCUAGCAGUUUGAAAGCACCUCAAAGUGCAAGUAGAUAAAUAGGUACCACUUCGGCAGGAAGGUAAACAUCAUUUCCGUGUUCUGGUUCGCCAGAAGCGGCUUAGUCAUGCUGGCCACAUGACCCGGAAGCUGUACUCCGGCUCCCUCGGCCAAUAAAGCGAGAUGAGCGCCGCAACCCCAGAGUCGGCCACGACUGGACCUAAUGGUCAGGGGUCCCUUUACCUUUACGGCUGAUUAUACUUCUAGAUCUCCUGCCUGAGGGUAGAAGAUUAAAGAGGUGAUGGCUGGGGUGUGAGUCAUCCCUGAGAAUUUUUCUCGCUCUCCUAAGGCAACGAUCCCUUGCAAUGUCAUCUAGCCGACUCAAGGGACAGCCCAUGAUAUCAUGUGCUGUAUUCCCCACCCUCUGUAGAGACUUUCUGUCCAUGGCUGUCAGGCCAGCAUACCACAAUAUGAUACAAUAUGAAAGGACACUUUCUAUUGUGGACCGGUAAAAGGAGUUCAUCAGCUGUUGUUUAACAUUAUUCUUUUGCAAGACCCGGAGGAAAUGGAGUAUCUGUUAGGCCUUUCUGACCACGUGAGUUGUGUUGACUUUCCAAGUGAGGUCCUCACUAAGGUAAACUCCCAGGAAUUUAAAGGAGGAGACUCUCUCCACACAGCGCCCCCGACAUACAAUGGGGCAGAGCCUGGAUAAGCUGCUGUAGUUCUGCAUUGGGCAGCUCACCAAUAAAAGAUGAGGAUUAUUAAGCAUUCUUCCUGAACAUGAAGGUCAGGUUUGGAGCUCUCCUUGCCAUUCUCAUCAGGCUGGCUGAGAUGAGGGAGAUGCCACUGAACCCUUCUCUGAAGGAAUUGCAUUUGGCUGCUUCAGUUCAGGGUUUCAAAUGGGCCUUAAAUGUUACCUCUUCCAGGCCGACUUCCUUAAUGUGUUAUAGACUAUGUGACUGUGAGCCAUUUCUUCCCUCCCUCCAAUACUGAAAUCCUGUGGUUUCGCCUAAGUUUACAAUGCAUAAGUGUUUUCAUAGAAUUACAGAACCGGAAGGGACCUUGAGGCUCAUCUGAUCCAAUCGCUGCAAUGCAAUAACAUGCAGCUGUGGCGCUGUGGGUUAAACCACAGAGCCUAGGACUUGCCGAUAAGAAGGUCGGCGGUUUGAAUCCCCGCGACAGGGUGAGCUCCCGUUGCUCGGUCCCUGCUCCUGCCCACCUAGCAGUUUGAAAGCAUGUCAAAAUGCAAGUAGAUAAAUAGGUACCGCUCUGGCGGGAAGGUAAACGGCGUUUCCGUGCGCUGCUGUGGUUCGCCAGGAGUGGCUUAGUCAUGCUGGCCACAUGACCCGGAAGCUGUACGCCGGCUCCCUCAGCCAAUAAAGCGAGAUGAGCGCCGCAACCCCAGAGUCGGUCACGACUGGACCUAAUGGUCAGGGGUCCCUUUACCUUUAUUCCAUAUGAGGAUUGAACCUGCCACCUUGCCAUUAUCAGCACCAUGCUCUAACCAGCUGAGCUAUCCAUGCACUGAUUUCUUCUAAUAAAUUACAUUGAUUUGCUGUUAUCUAUCUUGACAGGCUUUCUGCUGUUGUUUGAGGUGUCUAUUAAGCUAUGUAUCUCCUCCAUUUUGCAAAGGCACAGCCCUGAAUGGUGUCCAAGGAAUACUUUAAAUAAAUAUGUAAAAUAUGAACCAUAGCAAUGGCAAUGAUGAGGUUGACAAUACUUGGUAAUCAUCAGUAUGCGGAUGAUACCCAGCUCUACCUCUCUUUUAAAUCAGAACCAGUGAAGGUGGUGAAGGUCCUGUGUGAGUGUCUGGAGGCGGUUGGAGGAUGGAUGGCAGCUAACAGAUUGAGGUUGAAUCCUGACAAGACAGAAGUACUGUUUUGGGGGGACAGGAGGCGGGCAGGUGUGGAGGAUUCCCUGGUCCUGAAUGGGGUAACUGUGCCCCUGAAGGACCAGGUGCGCAGCCUGGGAGUCAUUUUGGACUCACAGCUGUCCAUGGAGGCGCAGGUCAAAUCUGUAUCCAGGGCAGCUGUUUACCAGCUCCAUCUGGUACGUAGGCUGAGACCCUAUCUGCCUGCAGAUUGUCUUACCAGAGUGGUGCAUGCUCUGGUUAUCUCCCGCUUGGACUACUGCAAUGCGCUCUACGUGGGGCUACCUUUGAAGGUGACCCGGAAACUACAACUAAUCCAGAACGCGGCAGCUAGACUGGUGACUGGGAGCGGCCGUCGAGACCAUAUAACACCGGUCUUGAAAGACCUACAUUGGCUCCCAGUACGUUUCCGAGCACAAUUCAAAGUGUUGGUGCUGACCUUUAAAGCCCUAAACGGCCUCGGUCCAGUAUAUCUGAAGGAGCGUCUCCUCCCCCAUCGUUCUGCCCGUACACUGAGGUCCAGCUCCGAGGGCCUUCUGGUCAUUCCCUCACUGCGAGAGGCCAAGUUACAGGGAACCAGGCAGAGGGCCUUCUCGGUAGUGGCACCCGCCCUGUGGAACGCCCUCCCAUCAGAUGUCAAAGCGAUAAACAACUACCUGACAUUCAGAAGACAUCUGAAGGCAGCCCUGUUCAGGGAAGUUUUUAAUAUGUGACAUUUUAGUGUAUUUUUCAUCUUUGUUGGAAGCCGCCCAGAGUGGCUGGGGAAACCCAGCCAGAUGGGCGGGGUACAAAUAAUAAAUUAUUAUUAUCAUUAUUAUUAUUAUUAUUACUGUAGCAUACAUCUGAGUUUAUGCUGGCCCAUAUAGGCUGGGAGCUGCAACCACCCACAUUUUCCAAGUUCUUGUUUGUUUUUCGUUUUCUUGGGGUUUUUUGGCCAUGGACAGAGGAAACGGAUUAUCUUGUUUGCGUACGCAGAUGUGUUAUGCAACGCUGCGAACCCCCCAUGUCUCUUUAGAUGGGGAUUCUGCCAGAGCCCAGGGUCUUUCCUGAAAUGACUGUCGGUGUCUUUUGAUUUCCAGUGGGAUAAGCAGCUGUUUAAUCAUUCCGCCUGGGAUUCUCCUGUCGUGUGCACUUGAAUAUCAAAUACACCUGGUAUUUACACUCCGGACUCCAGUUGCAGCUGUGUAGUCCUUUAUUGGCCUCCCCCACCCCCAGAGCAGCUUCACAGCUGGAACAGAAAGCUGGGUUGGGACAGACAGGCGUCCUGCUAUUGUUUGAGCAGCUGAAACAAAUACAGAGGCGGAAGAGAUCAAAAUGGGUGCUGUGAGCAAAAACAGCUGGGGAUCAAACGAGCAGAUGUGGACAUUUCUUGAAAUAUGGACCGGAAGCCCAGCUUACCUUCCUUCUGAGAAAGGGCAGCUCCUAAUUUCAUUUACGAACAGCAGUUUCACCUUCUGCGCCCCAAACUGCUCUCACUUGUGUACUACAUGCAACAGAAAACAUUGUUGAUCUUCAGCAAAAGAAAAGCAGAGUGCCUAAACAUCUGCUGCUAUACAUUAUCCCUUUACCUCAGUGGAAGAACUACUGUAUUUUUCGCCCCAUAGGGUGCACCGAGUUUUUUUGGGGAGGGGGGGAUAAAGAAAAAAUAUAUAUUCCCCCCCCCCCAGGCACGGGGCUGGGGCGGGGGAAGCCCAAGCUUCUCCCGACCCCAGAACAGGCUGCUAUCCGCAAGCCUAGGGAGUCUUGCGGGAAGUUGCGCCGGUCUCCCCAGGCUUGUGGAUAUCUGCCCGAAGCCCGGGGCGCGCUACUCAGCAUGCCCCGGGCUUCGGGAUGCAGGCAGCUCUCCGCAAGCCUUGGGAGACCGGCAUGACUUUCCGCCGGUCUCCGACGGCUUGCGGAGAGCUGCCCGAAGCCUGGAGAGCGAGAGGGGUUGGUGCAAGGAGAGUUGGCCAGCAGCAAAGGUGGGAUGAAUCACAUUUUGACCCAAUUUGAAUUUGAAGGCAUCUUGGCCCAGCUCCUACGCUGCAUUGGUUCCUGGUAGUUGAAGAGUGACAGUGCCUCCUUAUAGCAGGGUGGAUGUAACGUUCAUGUUUAUCUGUUUCUCCCAUGCCGGUUUGCUUGUUUCUCAGUGCAGCGAGGGAUUGGGCAGUAGAUUGUUUUUACCCCCGAUAACUAUUUUUUGAAAGCUUACACAAAUGUUUUGAAGAGCGGCUGUUUUGGAGUAUGGGUGGAAAAUAUCUGGUGCCAGGUGUGUCUGUUUUAUCAUCCAACAACAUGCGGAAAAUUACAGCCGUUAUUCGCAGUGCUUUGCAUUAACAGUAACUUUUACCUGUCUGUUCAGGCCAGAUUCUGCUUGUUUGGAUUUAAGGAAAACAGAGAGGAACUCGAUGAUUGCCUUGGGACAAAGUUCAAAGAAUGAAAGCCUUUGGCCUUUCUGACUGGACAGAGGUAAGAGAGCCAGAAAAUGGCUGAACAGAAUUCCCCCCCACCAUGACACAGUGAUGAUAUAUAACCAACCCUUUGUGGCCAUUUUCAACGUCCAAAAUGAAGGGAGCUAGCGCUAGCAGACCCUGCUGUCAAAGUUCAAAUGCACGACCUGAUCUUUCAACGACUCCUUGUUCAGAUGCACGGAACAAGGUGUUGGAGAAGUUAGGGAAACCAAUCUAAAUGAUCGGGGGAAGGAGGGAGAGAGCAGCGAGGAAAAAGAAAGGAAGCAAUUGCUUCUCAAAAGGUUAUUACCUCUGCCACAGGCCCCCAACUUUAAAGACAAGGUAUUUUGUAGUUAUUUGUCAGAUAAUAAGUAGCAUGGUUGGUUAUGCGGCCAUAGCAUUGUCUUCUGCGAUUUGGUAAAAAUACUGGAGGUGAGAACACUUGAUUCUACCCCAACCAAUUACACUUACUUUUGCUUACUGCGUCUUUGUUUCAGAAAGAAAAGCGUUUGAGCUCCGAAGGUUGCGAUGCUGAGACUUGUCAGAAAUUGCUUGGUUUAUAACCCUCCAGAAUGACUGGGUAAACGGAUUCUUUCUGAGAAGCAAGUUGGUUCCUGUGUAAUUUAAACUUACGUAUCCAGAUAUAGUUGGCCGCAGUAACUGUAUUACGUUACUUUCCAAAGGGGUAGCCUGCAUUAGACUGUUGUACCAAAAUCAAAGAAAGAAAACAAAUGUACUACGCGCUGUGGAAUAGAGCCAAUUUCAUCCUACAUAUGUACUCUUAAUACCUGGACUUGGUAUAUCGUUUGUUCUAAGCAGCCAAUGGCUGCCAGUUCUCUGGCGUUAACUUCUUCAGACUCGUUCGUUUUUUAGUUCUACCUUCACAUUGGCCAGAUCACGCAGCAACAGCGUAAGAGUAGUUUAAAAGUAAUGGUGGGAAAAGGAAUUUUGCAAGGAAGCUGGAGCCGGUUUAUUCCUUUAAGCAAAAAUGUGCUCGGGUUUUUUGGUUGUGAUUAAGAGAGAGGGAAAGUGGCAAGAGAAUGUUGUGAAACGGUGGGCAUUGUUACAGGAGAAAAUGUGGCUUUGCCCGAUAUCUCCGUUAAAAGACAAACCAACCUAAAUGAGAAGCAAGUGGUUAUGCAGGAGAACGGAGAAGUGUUCUGGGAGGGUGUUCCCCCCCCAAAAAAGGCCAAAACCUGCAUGGGUAUUUGACAACAGGGUGAAAUGAAAAGCAGUAUCUAGGUGGUGCCCACUGAGAGUCGAUGAAACCAUGUUACAUGCAAGAGCUCAACAGCGCAGGGCUUACAGCAAGCAGGGAAUCCCAUUUCACCAGUGGCCAGGAUGGGACGGGGGGUUUCAGCAGCGGUAGCACAACCUGGAACAAUUAAGAUUGCAUGUUGGGCAUCACCAUUUGACUUGUAAAAAUGUCCUCUGAUGGUAAAACAGUCCUUAGCUUUUAUAUGCACAAUUUUUUUUUAAUAAAACAAGCCAGCCUCCUCUUCUUUUUAUAUUGUAUAGAAGAUGAUACAUUUUCAUAAAUAUAUUUAAAGAACGAUAUAUAGUAUGUUUAAUUUUGAGGAUCAAACUAGAUGCGACUUGAGGAGUGAAAAGGUGCCUAGCCUAUAUUCCACACCCUGUAAUACAAGGUGCUUCACCAAAAAAAUCAGGAAAAGAUUUCCUGUACAGAUUUAUGUUGACUGCAUGUACAGAAAAGCCUGUAGAGAAAUUGCUAAGAUAGACUAUAUAAUGUGCAAUUGGCCAAACUAUAUAUUGGGGGUAGCUAACCCUUCUUGACCCAAGUUUUGCAUUCGAGGUUCGCCAUUCCUCGGGAGUCACAAGAUGUGUUUUCACAUAUGCAGACUGCACAUUCACGCUAAGAUUCCAACAUCUUUUACUCUGCUUUAAAGGAGCCACAGCAGUUUGGAAUGGUGCUCAGAGGAGAAAGAUUACUGUUUUCCAAUUGCACCAUUUCUUCUAACUGAAUCUUCACUCCCUGGAAAAAGUUGAGAUUAACCUCCAAGGGAUAAAAAGGCAGGUAUUUGAAUUAGGGAAAUGGCUGUUAAGAUAUUGUCCAGAAAGCUGAAAAUCGGCGCACAAAUAAAACAUGACACCUUGACUGCAAGGAACGUCCGAAUCACGGGCACUUUGUCAACAAUCUCUGUGAUCCACAAAUGUUACCUUGUAGUAACAGGCUACCAUUGAGCAGGGUUAAUUGAAUUAUUUCUACAAGUGGUCCUAGCUAGUGACAAACAUUACCACCCAUAGCAUCAAGAUAGGUUGUCGAUAUAAAUAACUCACAAAGCUGAAAUUCUGUGGGGCUCCUAUAUCAGAAAGCCACCCAGACAGCCCCGGGUGGGUAUAAGAAAAUGUCUAUAAGAAUUGGGGGACAAUUGGAAGUACACUUCAAAGGAAAGCUCAGUCUGGAUCACAUCACUAUUCAGUAUUGCUAAGGGGCUAAGCUGAAAUUCACCAGUGUACAUUUGAGUCACCACCAUUUAAAAAUUAGGAUUUGUGUUUUUUUUAAAAAAUAACAUUUCUGGGAGUGUUCCUCCAUUUAACAUUUUUGUAUCUUGUGGAACAAUGACUGUAAUACUGGAAAUAUCAAGUUUUGGCUUUUAUAUAAAGAGUUGUUUAAAAAUUAAAGAUGCUUGUGCAUUAUUUCACUUACUAUGGGAAAUUAUUGUAUCACCAGAAUUUUCACAUUAUACCGAAUUCUUACAUUGUUGUUGAGCAAAAUUAAUACAAAAAAUGGAGAAGUCGGAUGCUACCCUGAGGCAGACUGGAAUGAAGUAGGGAGAACCUUUCAUUUGCAUUCAGUUCCUGGUACCUUGUGAGUGGGUGGGUGAAUCCUGUCUGAAACAAUGGAGAGCUGGUGCCACAGAACGUCAGCAUUGCAGAGCCAGGUGGAAAAAUCAUUAGGAAAACAGGAAGUUGCUUUAUGCUAACUGGGUCGGACAAAGGUCCGUAUAGUUAAAGCUAUGAUUUUCCCAGUAGUGAUGUAUGGAAGUGAGAGCUGGACCAUAAAGAAGGCUGAUUGCCAAAGAAUUGAUGCUUUUGAAUUAUGGUGCUGGAGGAGACUCUUGAGAGUCCCAUGAACUGCAAGAUCAAACCUCUCCAUUCUUAAGGAAAUCAGCCCUGAGUGCUCACUGGAAGGGCAGAUCGUGAAGCUGAGGCUCCAAUACUUUGGCCACCUCAUGAGAAGACUCCCUGGAAAAGACCCUGAUGUUGGGAAAGAUGGAGGGCACAAGGAGAAGGGGACGACAGUGUUCUCGAAGCUACCAGCAUGAGUUUGACCAAA